GCUACUCCUGUAGAUGACAGCCACAACAUCGUAGAAACGAUCUCGAAACUAUGCCGCCAAAACCCUACACCGAUCUCGUCCCCUAUAACCUUGCUCGAAACUUUACUACCUAAACAUUGUCAUUAUCUCUACCUUUCCUGUCCAUACAACUUAGCGGAGUACAAUGCCGGGAUCGUCUGGCGACGGAUACUUUGUAUGUUACCCGGAGAGGAUCGGGUAGCAUAUGCACGGCCGUCUCGCUAAGAAGGGUAGAUGGGGCCGCGCGAUCUCAGUCAUCACUCGAAGUUCCCAAUGAUGCUGCGUCUUCACGGCAGCAUCACUCCCAAACUCGUCAUACCCGUUCUGCUGGUAGGCGGAUGGGUCACCGCUGUCACUUGCAUCUCGAAGCUUGUGUAUGACCUCGGUACCGAUCAAGUCUUCAUCACCGUGCUGGGCUUUGUCGUCAGUCUGGCACUCAGCGUCCGCAGUUCUACCUCGAUGGACCGUUACUUCCAAGGCCGACAACUAUGGGGACGCCUCCGGCUCGCAUCGCACAUCUUGGCUCGUCUGAUAUGGAUACACGCUGAAGAGAGGCAUGACGCCGAUGCAGGGUUGGGGAAGCAAGACCUGCUCGGCAAGGUCAGCUGCUUGAACCUGAUUGUGGCUUUCGCUGUCGCAGUGAAACACAAAUUACGGUUUGAGCCAGGAACACACUAUGAAGAUUUGAAGCACUUGGUCGGUCAUCUGGAUACUUUCGCGCAAGCGGCUGAUAUGCCCGCGCCCGACCCUCCGAGGGCUUUCAGGCGAACCUGUCAGCUUCUCGGUAUGCCCAUGGCGACGCCCAACCCACGCAAACACAUCAAGCAAUCACGCGUACCUCUCGGUGACCUGCCUCUCGAGAUUUUGUCUCACCUCUCCGCGUACAUCAAAGCCCUGUAUGACAACGGCACGUUGAGAGACUACAGUACCUAUCAAACCCAGACUUUGGAUACCCUGUCAAUCAUGGACGACGUAUCGUGUGGUACGGAGAGAAUCCUAAAUACACCACUUCCACUUGCAUACUCCAUCGUCAUAUCACAGGUCACCUGGCUUUACAUUCUGUUGUUGCCAUUCCAGUGCUACAACAGUUUAGGCUGGAUCACAAUCCCCGCGUGUGUCGUCGCGGCGUACAUUAUUCUAGGUAUCGCCUUCAUCGGCCGUGAGAUCGAAGACCCUUUUGGCCACGACGUAAACGACCUACCACUCGAUACCUUCUGCCAGCAGAUUCGCCAAGAUCUUGACAUCAUCAUGUCACGAGGCGCACCUCUUGUCAACAACUUCAUGGGUCGUGAAGAGAACAUGCCAUUGUAUCCUCUUUCGUCUUUGAGCACACGAGCAUGGGCAGACAAAUCGCCAGAUGAGAUACAUGUCGCUUUAUCGCAGAAGGUAGGUCUCCACCAUCCAAUGGUUGAACGCGGUAAGAACCCAGUGCCACCUACGCGAAGAAGACUGGGCGGCGUGGACAGCUGGGUCGAAAAGGGCGGCGGAUCAGGACCAAAUGGCACGACGAGUCACCAUAGAAGGAGGUACGGAAGUGUCUAGUUGUCCGCGUCUAGACAUCGAGAAAACUUAUUCUUGUUACCCUACCUAACACCUAGACUCCAAACAACUAUUCAGUUCCAUUCCCC